AUGGCCAGUUCAGCUCACAAUCCAUCCAUUUUGUUGAAGAGGGUGUUGAGUUUAACAGAACCAUCAUCAUUUAUACUGUGUCUGGACAGCGUGUCACAGUCUUCAAGUUAUCUCAUCGAAGAACUUGUAUUCAAUGCAAAUAAGUCUGCUGGUACAAACAUAAUAUUUGUUUCUUUUGAAACAAAUGAUAAGCCAGAAUAUGCAUCUAAUUUUAUCGAUGCUGAAAAUAUGGAUUUGGCAAAAAUUGGCCAACUAGUUAAGAGUUACCUACCUUCUUCCUCAGAGACACGUAGGAGUAAAAAUCUGGUCAUAGUUGAUUCACUCAAUUGCAUUUCAAGAUCACAUCUCACCCAGUUUGUUUCCUCUAUAGCAUCUCCUCAUGCUACCAUAGUUGCUACUUAUCAUAAAGACGUACCAGAAGUCGAUGAGCAUGGUCUUGAAAAUUAUCCAUCUGCGGUGGAACUACUCAAGUUCAUUUCGACUACUAUAAUGAACAUCAAUCCAAUUCUUCCUAGGAGUUUAGACAGGGAGGAAUUAAACAUAUCUCUAAAUAGGUUCCGUAUGCCUCGCGGUCUAAACAAUCCAACUUUCAAAUUAGAAUUUACAAAUCGUAGACGUUCAGGUAGAGCUUUGAGUUAUGAAUUUAAUGUUGAUACAGUAAACCACAACUACUCGAUAGUUAUGGAGGCCGGAACCGAAGAUGGUGUGGUUGAGACGCCUGAAAUGCUUCAAGACUUAGCCACCUUCAACCUUUCUACGUCUGCCAAACAAAAGGAGGCAAAAGAUCAAGUUGCACUACCAUUUUUGGAAGCCCAGUCCUUCUCUGCUGGUGGGGCCAUUGUAUAUGAGUAUGAAAAAGAUGAUGAUUACGAUGAAGAAGACCCAUAUGAAGAUCCAUUUUAA